GACGUGUAGACCCGAGAGGACCCGCCUUGGCCGAAGUUUUGUAACAAGAACAGAAAGUAACGGCCAAUUGUUUUGAAAGAAAACAUCAAAAUUUAGUAACGAAACUUCAGCAAGAAACUUAAGAACCAAAGAUGAGCGGCCUAACACCAGGGAGAUACAUGCUGAAACUUUUGAAAGAAUCGUCUGCUGCCAAGCGGGUCGUCUCCACGUCUGCACGUGCUGAACAGAGCGCCACAGUACUGAAUGUCGAGGGUUUAAGUUUAGAACAACAGUGCCCCCUACGUCGCACGAUGGACUCCCUAGAGAGUUUGAUGAAAGCCCCAAUAUCGAACGACGCAGUACAACCACAAACACAGGAAUAUGAGCCACAACCCUUUGAGGCAAUCCCAGGCCCCAAGGGCUUACCGUUCUUCGGAACAAUAUUUGACUACUUCAAGAAAGAUGGCCUCCGUUUUGACAAAAUGUUUGAGGCCUACAGACAACGAUCUCUCGAAUUUGGACCUAUCUACAAGGAGAAAUUCGGACCAAUCACGAACGUGGUGAUCAGUGAUCCGGAUGUAUACCAGAAGGUUAUCAGGUCAGAGGGCAAGACGCCCAUUCGCCGUGAGAUGGAGCCCAUGGCACACUACAGAACACAGAAAGGCAUCGGCCUUGGACUCGUCAAUUCACAAGGCGCGGAGUGGCACAGGUAUCGAAGAGUGGUCAGCAAGAAGAUGCUGAAACUGAAGGAGGUGACAGACUUCUGUCAGCCAAUGAACGAGGUUGGGGAUGACUUCGUUGCAAGGCUAAGGGAAGCCAGCGACGCCACAUCCAAGGAGGUCCCAGAACUUGAGAAGGAACUAUUCAAGUGGGCAAUGGAAUCAAUCGGCACCUUCCUGUUUGAGGAACGCAUCGGCUGCCUCAGCAGUCAACCCCAUCCUGAAGUCAAGUCCUUCAUCGACAACCUGCAGGGCUUGUUCAAGCUGAUGCAGCCCCUCAUGUACAAUCUCCCCAUAUACAAGGUCUUCCCUACCAAGCUGUGGAAGCAGUAUGAAGCAUAUUCCGAUAACGUCUUAGAAUGUGGCAGAUACUUCGUAGAUAAGAAAGUGAAAGCCUUACAGAGCUCCAUGGCAGAUGAGAACGGCCAAGAGAAGGGCGCCUUCCUCACCUACCUCCUAUCCCAGGAGUCCUUGUCCCCUGAAGAGGCCGCAGAAACAGCAGUUGAUCUCAUGAUGGGUGCCGUGGAAACGACGUCGAAUGCUACUGUAUGGUGCUUGUACAGCCUGGCCAAGAACCCUGAAGUGCAAGAGAAGCUGCACUCAGAGAUCAAUAAGGUGCUGUCCCACAACGCUGAAAUAACACCCCAGAAGCUGGCACAACUGCCAUACGUAAAGGCCGUGCUCAAGGAGACGUUCAGAUUAUAUCCAAUCACAUUUGCAACAAGCCGAAUCUUGCCAGACAAGAUGGAAGUCGGAGGUUUCGAGAUCCCUGCUGGGACACAUGUGCAGGCCAAUCUCUUCGGGAUGUUUCGUAACCCAGAACUCUACUCAGAACCAGAGAAAUUUCAACCUGAAAGAUGGUUGCGUGGCAACACAGACAACAAACAGAAAGCUCUAUCUAACCUGAUCUGGGGCCAUGGCGCUCGCAUGUGCAUUGGACGUAGAUUCGCCGAGCAGGAGGUUCAUUUAGCACUAGCAAAGAUCGUCCAGAACUUCAAGCUUGAGUAUCACCACGAGGACCUGGAGCCUGUUCUCAACACUGUGAUGACCCCAGACCGGCCAGCCAAGAUCAGUUUCGUCCCCAGGCAAUCAGCAUAGACACAGACAGGCCAAUGCGUCUUGUGAAGCAGUGCUGUGUUUACCCAGUCAUCGUGCCAGACAUUCCAAACUUUUCAUCACGCUCGUACUUACGGUGCUAAUUCUGGUUAAUGCUUAUGUUGGUUCUGAGUAUAAUUGGUUUUUGAGGUUAGCUGUUAUAAAGUUUACAUUCAAACUGGCCGUCUGGUGAAGCAAAAUCAUUCUGACAUGAUUCUUUGAAGGUAGUAAUAUAGUUGCUGUGGUAUCGCAGCACUGUGCUUACUAUUGCACCAUUGUGCUUUGGUAUCGCUGCAGUGUGCUUGGUGUUACAGUAUUGUGCUUUGGUAUCGUUGCACUGUGCUUGAUGUUGCAGCAUUGUGCUGCAGUAUUGUUGCACUGUGCUUAGUGCUCUAGCAUUGUGCUUUAAUAUCGUUGCACUGUUCUUAUUAUUGAAACAUUAUGCUUUGAUAUCGUUGCGCUGUGCUUAGUGUUGCAACAUUGUGCUUUGAUAUCGUUGCGCUGUGCUUAGUGUUGCAACAUUGUGCUUUGAUAUCGUUGCAUCAUUGUGCUGUGGUAUCGUUGCACUGUUUUACAGUUGCAGCAUUGCACUUUGGUACACCAGCUUUAGCCUGUUGUAGCUGAUACAUGCAUCGAGCUGUGAUGUAGAAGCUUUACAUGAAACAGUGUACCAUUAACUGUCCUAGCUUUGGUUGCGAGUAUGAGUGUUACACAAUGGUGGCACAUAACUCGCCUAUACCUUCGCUGUACACAUAAUGUUCCUGUAAACGACGUAAGGUCAAUUGUGUCGGUUCUUGUAGAACCUUACAAUCCCAUCACCUACAGACUUAUCUCAAAAUGUAGUCAGCAACCAGAAGUAUGUCUAAAACUACAAUUCACAGGGUCUGUUCGCGGAUCUGUUCAAAGUCAGGUAAUGCAGUUUGCGGCAUCUUCCUAAACUGAUAAGCAUUGUGUCUUCAAAUACAAUUUAAGACGUGACACAGAAAUGUCAAUGUAAAUUGUAGAACGGGAAUCAACAUAAAAUGAUGUAUGUACCGAAUUCCGAGAUGCACUCGAUUAAGACUUACAACACCGUAUAUGACGAUGGCCAGUAUCAAUGGCUUGGCGCCAAGUAGUAACUGCCUGCCGAUGGGGAAGGGACACCUUGCGACAUAGGACUAUUAACAGCUUAUGUCUUUUCGAGAAGCCUUUGUAUUACUUAUAUCUGAGAACACGACACCUUACCUCACCCUUAUCUUUCGAUUGCAAGGUUCCCUUCUACUUUAUGGCAAAAGUUCUACUAACAUAUGGAACCUUAUUUCGAAUAAAACAAAGGGAGUUGGUUACAUAUGUUACGAUUGCGCGUUCGUUUAAAUGAUAAUAAUUGAAACAAGUCUUCUCAGAAGAAGAUUUGAAUUUUGGAAAAAGGUAAUUGUUUGAUUUGAAAAUAUUAAACUCAAACAAGACUUGUCAGGGAGAGUGAGUUUGCAUCAGGAGAGUAGUGUAUUCUGCUGGGCAUGUGAUUGAUGCAAUGUGAUAUUUAUAAAAUAAUUUACUUUGUAACCUGAACUGAAAUUCAUUACUUAUUCAUUUCUCGCCACUGUUUAAGUUUCAAACCAUUGGUCGGUGGGGAUUUUAUCUAGUAAACUUACUUCUUACACAAUGGGGCAUAGUACUGUACUGACACCCUCUAUUUUUUUCAUACUGAUGUACAGUACUUGAUAUACACUUAAUGCACUUAUAUAUACGUAACAUAAAAAUAUUAACGUCUUUCCUUUCAUCAGCGAACAGAGCAAAGGAUUGACUUAGGUAACAGAUCUAGGGUCAAAAUUAAGGCGAAGUUUUGCGUUUCUAAAAGAUUUCAUUAUGGAGUUAGGUUUCAUGGCCCAGCUUAAUAUUCUAUUUUCAAUGAACUGAUAAUUGAUUAUCAGCAAGGGCAGUUCCCGAUAUUACAAUGAUAAAUGUGCUUGGAUUCCUUACAAAGUCCAAACGGAAGUUUGAAUAAUAUAUAUGAAUACCUGGCGUAUGCCUGGUGCAAUGUGUUCAUAACAAAAACAUAUCAAAACAUAAAAUACUUCCCUUGCUGAAAAUCAUUUUGAAAUUAAUGAAUGCUUUUCAUGGCGUCUUUUCGAAAUAAAAGAUGUUCGAGUGAAUGAGAAAUAUAUAGUUUGUCUUUUUUGUGUCAUUACAAUUUAUUUUAAUACAAUAUUCGUUUGUUGUUUAACGCACAACUCAGCAAUUGAGUCUGGACCAG